UAAAGAGCAUACACACAGUUCGUCACCCCUGCCCUCUCCCUCGUCGUAUAAAUAAAUACAAACGUUUCGCUUUCUCUUUCUACACUUCCUGCCUCUCUCUCUCUAAUGGCAACUCGUCCAGGACUCGGUCUUGGUGUUUCAUCAAAUAUAUAAACAAGGAUAAUAGAAGUCGUAAUUUACUUCACAUUAUAAUUUUUCUGGGUUCUGGGGAGAGACUUCUGGGAUGGUGUUAAACUCUGGAUUUGUUUUUUCUGUUUUCGUAUGUUUCGUUUUGGCAGUGUUCCAGCCGAGUCGCUGCCGAGUCAACUCGGAGCCCACGCAGGACAAGCAAGCUCUCAUUGAUUUCCUGUCCAGAACCCGACACGAGUCUAGGGUCCAGUGGAACCCGUCCACCUCGGCCUGCACUUGGGUAGGCGUUGUCUGCGACGCGAACCAGUCGUUUGUGUAUUAUCUGCGGCUGCCCGGCGUUGGGCUGGUCGGAGACAUUCCGGCGAACACGAUUGGCCGGCUGAGUCAGCUCCGGGUGCUGAGUCUCCGGUCGAAUCAGCUCACGGGCUCAAUCCCGCAGGAUUUUGCGAACCUCAAGUUCCUCCGCAGUCUCUAUCUCCAGAACAACCAGUUCUCCGGCGGGUUUCCUCCGAGUCUGACCGAGUUGACGCGGCUGAAUCGGCUGGACCUCUCCUCUAACAAAUUCUCCGGCCCAAUCCCGUUUUCCGUCAACAAUUUAACCUCUCUGAGUAGGCUUUACUUGCAGAAGAAUGGGUUCAACGGGACUCUACCUAGCAUUAACCUUCCGGGCCUAACCGAUUUCAAUGUCUCCGACAAUCGCCUCAACGGGUCAAUUCCGGCGAGACUUUCUAAGUUUCCGGCGCCUGCUUUCGCCAGAAACAUCGAUCUCUGCGGCGCCCCAUUGGCACCGUGCAACCCGUUUUUCCCUUCGCCGGCGCCUUCUCCGUCAGCCCAGAUCACGCCGCACUUUAAAAAGUCCAAGAAGCUAUCUGCAGCCGCCAUUGCCGGAAUCGCUGUUGGCUCGGUCGUCGCCCUCAUCCUCCUAUUACUCAUCCUCUUCCUCUGCCUACGGAAGAAGAAAAGAGAGCCGACGACGCAGAAGGCUGUCGCUGUAGCGGCAGUGGCCGGAGAAGCAGGAACAUCAUCGUCAAAGGACGAGGUAACCGGCGGAUCCGCCGAAGGGGAGAGGAACAAGCUGGUUUUCUUGAACGGGGGAGGCUAUAGAUUCGAUCUGGAGGAUUUACUGCGGGCCUCGGCGGAGGUGUUGGGGAAGGGGAGCGUGGGGACGAGCUACAAGGCGGUGUUGGAGGAGGGGACGACGGUGGUGGUGAAGAGGCUGAAAGAUGUGGUGGUGGGUAAGAAGGAGUUUGAACAGCAAAUGGAAUUGCUGGGGAAGAUGAAGGAUGAGAAUGUGCUUCCUUUCAGAGCUUUUUACUUCUCCAAAGAUGAGAAAUUGUUAGUCACUGAUUACAUGCCUGCUGGUAGCUUAUCUGCUCUUCUUCAUGGAAGCAGAGGGUCUGGGCGCACACCCCUAGAUUGGGAUAGCCGAGUGAAAAUAGCGCUGAGUGCAGCCAGAGGCAUUGCAUAUUUACACGUGUCAGGCAAAGUAGUCCACGGUAACAUCAAGGCAUCAAACAUCCUCCUCAAGCAAGAUGCCCAUCUCAAUGCCGCAUGCCUCUCAGACUUCGGAUUGAACCAGCUCUUUUCCCCCGGCUCAACACCUAGGAUUGCAGGCUAUCGGGCACCCGAGGUGCUUGAAACCCGAAAGGCCACUUUCAAAUCUGAUGUAUACAGCUUUGGAGUAUUGAUCUUGGAGCUUCUGACAGGAAAGUCACCAAACCAGGCGUCGUUGGGUGAAGAAGGCAUUGACUUGCCUAGAUGGGUUCAAAGUGUUGUGCGCGAGGAAUGGACAGCAGAGGUUUUUGAUGUGGAGCUUAUGCGGUCACAUAACGACGUGGAAGAAGACAUGGUUCAACUACUUCAGGUAGGAAUGUCGUGUGUGUCUAUGGUGCCAGACCAAAGACCCGACAUUCCAGAAGUUGUGAGGAUGAUCGAGGAGAUCAAUAGUAGAGGCGACUCACUUGAUCCAUCCAAAGGACAUGAAAGCCAAACAACUCCUUAGGCGUCAUCACACCAUAGGCGAAGGCAACCUCAACAUUUAUUUAUAUUAAAGGUAAUAAGUGUGUGUCAUUAAGUAUAUUAUAAAAAAAGCUGCUUGCAUAACUGGUUCUUGGGGGGAGCCAAAUUUGAGAGUGACCCAUUAUUAUAUUAUUUAAGAAGUAAAAUCAGAAUUAUUAGUUAACUGUACUUUGAUGAUCAUUUGAUGUAUUGGCUAGUUGUUCUUUUAUCACCUUAUUCUUUUUGGUAUAAAAAAAUUGUAUCAUUGGAGAAAGUGAUGCAUCUUGCAUUUGGCUUUUUCCUUGUAUUGUGUAAGUAGUAAUGGAUGUCCACUAAAAGUCUACAUUUUGUAUUGUGAAUUUCAAUUUUCUAUUCAAUGUGAUUGGGAGUUGCCAGCUAGGGAGAUUGAUUUUCUUCUUCUUCUAAUUCCAAACAAUUUGUUAUUAUUACCCAUUUAUUUAUAACUUCCAAUAAUGUCAAUGAUAAAGUGUGAAUGGUCA